AUGCAGGAGCUCUCUCAAGGUGUGGACAGACAGAAGAUCUGUCUGCAACGGGAGGAGUCGGCCAACUCAAAGCAGCUGCAGCGAUUGGGCUCCGGAGUCUGCAUCAUCGAAGUCGAGGUCGAAGAUGCCGAAGGUAUCGAGUCCAAGGUGGGCACCGGAUUCCUGGGUAUUUUCCCGGACCACCUCGCCGGCUUGCUCUUCCUCGUCACUUGCCGACACGUGCUCCCAGACGAGGCCUCCUGCGACAACGCGAUCUGUACUUUCGAGGCAUCAGGGCAGCCAGGGCACAGUCUCAGUCCUUCACCUGCUCUUGGCUUCGCCGCUCCGCCUUUCUUGGAUGUUGUCAUCACGCGCGUUUCCUCCGAAGUUGCCACCGGCCUGCCGAGAAACCAGCAACCUCAGGAGAUGGACCUGACAGAGACUCCGCUGCCUGGUGAGGAUCUGCUGCUGCAUGGCUACUGCCGUGGCAGGGCAUUCUGCACCUUUGCCUGCCGAGCUCUGGCCGUGUCCGGCGAAAUCCUGCGAUUCGAGGUGCUUUCGGACGAUCUUCCGGAGACGGGCGCUUCUGGUAGCCCAUUGACAAACAGAAGAGGUCAAGCAGUUGCGGUGCACAUGGGUCUGUGGCACCAAGACUCAGGCGUGGAGGGACGGGCGACGCUUCUCCGAGCACUAG